UCAAGCCUCUUUAUAUACAAAAAAAACCUACUUUGCUGCUCUUCAUCGUAGCGCCAGACUGAGAGGGAGGGAGAGAGAGAGAGAGUGUGUGUGUGAUCUUCGUUUGCUGUCUUCUCUCAGAAAUGGUUACGUUCAGGUUUCAUCAGUACCAGGUCGUUGGGAGGGCUCUCCCAACGGAAGCAGAUCAGCACCCUAAGAUUUACCGCAUGAAGCUUUGGGCUACCAACGAGGUUCGCGCAAAAUCUAAGUUCUGGUAUUUUUUGAGGAAGCUGAAGAAGGUGAAGAAGAGCAAUGGUCAAAUGCUCGCUAUCAAUGAGAUUUUUGAGAAGAACCCUACAAAAAUUAAGAACUAUGGGAUAUGGUUGAGGUACCAGAGUAGGACCGGUUACCACAACAUGUAUAAGGAGUACCGUGAUACCACUCUAAAUGGUGCAGUUGAGCAGAUGUACAAUGAGAUGGCUUCUCGUCACAGGGUCAGGUGCCCUUGCAUCCAAAUCAUUAAGACUGCCACCAUCCCAGCCAAGCUUUGCAAGAGGGAGAGCACCAAACAAUUCCACAACUCCAAAAUCAAGUUCCCGUUGGUCUUCAAGAAAGUUAGGCCACCAUCUAGGAAGCUGAAGACCACAUACAAGGCCAAGAAGCCCAACUUGUUUAUGUAAUGUGGUUGCUGAUUGGGUGACAGGAAAUGUACCAGUUAGUUGUUUUCUUUCAGAUUUUGUUUGAGGAAUUUUGGACUAUUGUUUUUGGGUUAAUCGUUAUCUUUCUGUUGGAUAUUUUCUUGGUGAUCUUUUUGAUAUAUGAGUAGAAUGAAACAAAUUUAUUUAAAGUGUGUA